AUGCAUCCCGCCAAUGUAUGGAAGAGUAAUACCAUUGAGACUUUUCAGAAGAGUAAAAACAUUGAAACUUUUCAGAAGAGUAAAAACAUUGAAACUUUUCAGAAGAGUAAUAACAUUGAUACUUUUCAGAAGAGUUAUACCAUUGAGACUUUUCAGAAUAGUAAUACCAUUGAGACUUUUCAGAAGAGUAAUAACAUUGAUACUUUUCAGAAGAGUAAUAACAUUGAUACUUUUCAGAAGAGUAAUAACAUUGAAACUUUUCAGAAGAGUAAUAACAUUGAUACUUUUCAGAAGAGUAAUAACAUUGAUACUUUUCAGAAGAGUAAUAACAUUGAUACUUUUCAGAAGAGUAAUAACAUUGAUACUUUUCAGAAGAGUAAUAACAUUGAUACUUUUCAGAAGAGUAAUAACAUUGAUACUUUUCAGAAGAGUAAUAACAUUGAAACUUUUCAGAAGAGUAAUAACAUUGAUACUUUUCAGAAGAGUAAUAACAUUGAUACUUUUCAGAAGAGUAAUAACAUUGAGACUUUUCAGAAGAGUUAUACCAUUGAGACUUUUCAGAAUAGUAAUACCAUUGAGACUUUUCAGAAGAGUAAUACCAUUGAGACUUUUCAGAAUAGUAAUACCAUUGAGACUUUUCAGAAUAGUAAUACCAUUGAGACUUUUCAGAAGAGUAAUACCAUUGAGACUUUUCAGAAGAGUAAUACCAUUGAGACUUUUCAGAAGAGUAAUAACAUUGAUACUUUUCAGAAGAGUAAUAACAUUGAUACUUUUCAGAAGAGUAAUACCAUUGAUACUUUUCAGAAGAGUAAUAACAUUGAAACUUUUCAGAAGAGUAAUAACAUUGAGACUUUUCAGAAGAGUAAUAACAUUGAUACUUUUCAGAAGAGUAAUAACAUUGAAACUUUUCAGAAGAGUAAUACCAUUGAGACUUUUCAGAAGAGUAAUACCAUUGAGACUUUUCAGAAGAGUAAUACCAUUGAGACUUUUCAGAAGAGUAAUACCAUUGAGACUUUUCAGAAGAGUAAUACCAUUGAGAUUUUUCAGAAGUGUAAUACCAUUGAGACUUUUCAGAAGAGUAAUACCAUUGAGAUUUUUCAGAAGUGUAAUACCAUUGAGACUUUUCAGAAGAGUAAUACCAUUGAGAUUUUUCAGAAGAGUAAUACCAUUGAGACUUUUCAGAAGAGUAAUACCAUUGAUACUUUUCAGAAGAGUAAUAACAUUGAUACUUUUCAGAAGAGUAAUACCAUUGAUACUUUUCAGAAGAGUAAUAACAUUGAGACUUUUCAGAAGAGUAAUAACAUUGAUACUUUUCAGAAGAGUAAUAACAUUGAAACUUUUCAGAAGAGUAAUACCAUUGAGACUUUUCAGAAGAGUAAUACCAUUGAGACUUUUCAGAAGAGUAAUACCAUUGAGACUUUUCAGAAGAGUAAUACCAUUGAGACUUUUCAGAAGAGUAAUACCAUUGAGAUUUUUCAGAAGUGUAAUACCAUUGAGACUUUUCAGAAGAGUAAUACCAUUGAGAUUUUUCAGAAGAGUAAUACCAUUGAGACUUUUCAGAAGAGUAAUACCACUGAAACUUUUCAGAAGAGUAAUACCAUUGAGAAUUUUCAGAAGAGUUAUACCAUUUAG